GCUCCGGGGGAAAUAUCGGCAGCGGGGCUCGGAGCGUCAUUCGCUGGUCAUUCGUGCGAGGGGCCAUCGCGGCUUGGUGUGUGUGUGCGCCGUCGCGUCAUGUGGGCCUCGGAACUCGACAGCGACUCGCGCUGAGCCGUGCCGGUCCCGUCGAGCGGCCUAGUGUGUGUACGCGCGACCACCGAGACUCCCGGAGGGAGGCCCGGACUCGGACGACUGGUCCCGUAGCCCAAGGGGGGGCUAGGCCUAGACGUCAAACAUGGCGGACCUCGAAGCCGUGCUGGCCGAUGUCAGCUAUCUCAUGGCCAUGGAAAAAAGCAAGUCCACGCCGGCUGCUCGCGCGAGCAAAAAAAUUGUGCUUCCGGAUCCGAGUGUGCGGAGCGUUAUGCACAAGCACCUUGAGAAAAUGGGGGAAGUGACGUUUGACAAGAUUUUCAACCAGAAGUUAGGCUACUUGUUAUUUAAGGACUUCUGUGACAACGUCUGUGACGAGCAGGUUCCUCAGCUAAGUUUUUACGAAGAGAUCAAACGCUACGAGAAGCUAGAGACGGCCGAAGAGAGGCGGACGGCAGCGAGAGAGAUCUAUGACAACUACAUCAUGAAAGAACUUCUCUCACACACUCAUAAUUAUUCUCUCGAGUCCGUAGGCCACGUCCAAAAGUACCUCAUGAGGAACGAAGUUCCUGUUAAUUUAUUUCAGCCUUACAUCGAGGAAAUUUUCAGCCUCUUAAGGGACGAUAUUUUUAGGAAGUUUAUUGAAAGUGAAAAGUACACAAGGUUUUGCCAGUGGAAAAAUCUCGAGCUUAAUAUUCAGCUGACGAUGAAUGACUUCAGCGUGCACCGGAUAAUUGGACGUGGUGGAUUUGGGGAAGUGUAUGGCUGCCGUAAAGCGGAUACAGGAAAAAUGUAUGCGAUGAAGUGUUUAGACAAGAAGCGAAUCAAAAUGAAAGUUGGAGAGACGCUAGCAUUGAACGAGAGGAUCAUGCUUUCUUUAGUCAGCACAGGGGAGGACUGUCCUUUCAUUGUGUGCAUGACAUAUGCAUUCCAAACGCCAGACAAGCUGUGUUUUAUACUGGAUCUUAUGAAUGGGGGGGACCUGCACUACCACCUAUCUCAGCAUGGGGUGUUCACGGAGCAGGAGAUGCGGUUUUACGCAGCCGAGGUGAUUCUCGGCUUGGAGCACAUGCAUCGGAGAUACGUUGUCUAUCGGGACCUUAAGCCGGCCAACAUCCUUCUUGAUGAGCAUGGGCAUGUACGGAUAUCGGACCUCGGUUUGGCCUGUGAUUUUUCGAAAAAGAAGCCCCAUGCUAGCGUGGGCACCCAUGGCUACAUGGCACCUGAAGUGCUCUCCAAAGGCACAGCCUACGAUUCCAGUGCUGACUGGUUCUCGCUAGGCUGCAUGCUGUACAAGCUGCUCAAGGGGCAUAGUCCAUUUCGGCAACACAAAACGAAAGACAAGCAUGAGAUUGACCGAAUGACCUUGACCAUGAAUGUGGAGCUCCCCGAAAGCUUUUCAAGUGAUUUGAAACUGCUUCUCGAGGGACUGCUACAACGGGACGUGGACAAGCGACUCGGUUGCAGGGGUCAGGGAGCUGAAGAGGUGAAGAGCCACAAUUUCUUCAGCGGCAUGGACUGGCAGCUAGUGUACCUCCAGAGGUACCCACCUCCUCUCAUACCUCCGCGCGGGGAGGUCAAUGCAGCUGAUGCCUUCGACAUUGGCUCCUUCGAUGAAGAGGACACCAAGGGCAUCAAGCUCACGGAAGCAGACCAGGAGCUGUACAAGAACUUUCCUGUGGUGAUCUCCGAGCGCUGGCAGCAGGAGAUUGCUGAGACAGUCUUUGACACAGUUAACCAGGAAGCAGACAAGCUGGAACAGAAAAAGAAGACCAAAAUGAAGAUGAAGUUCCAAGAUGAAAAAGAGUCUGACUGCAUCAUCCAUGGGUACAUCAAGAAGCUGGGCGGACCCUUUGCAUCUGCCUUCCAGACUCGUUAUGGGAAGCUGUACCCAAACCGCUUGGAACUUCACACGGAAUCCAGCAGUGCCAAGCCAGAGCUGAUAUUUAUGGACCAGCUGGAAGAUGUGUGCUCGGAUUACGUCCAAGUGAAAGGCGAGCAGUGCAUUGUGCUCAAGAUGAAGGGUGACACCAAGGUGGUGCUGACCAACCCUGACGAGAUCGGCCUCAAGGAAUGGCUCCUGUCGCUCCGGUCCACCCUCAAGGACUCCCAAGAGCUGCUCGCUUCAAUGGCCAAGAAGGCUGGCAAGAUCUACGGCACCACUGACAACCGCAACAACCUGCUGGGCUCCACCCCGGGCGGCACGGCAACCCCGCCUGCGCGCAACGGCAACUGAGAAGCGUUGGACCGCUCGGCACUCCCCGUCUUCUCUCCCUCGUGUCUCUCGACGCGGGCACGAGUGGCGUGGCUCCGUCACGCCAGGCGAGGUUCGGUUGGCGGUACUUGCACGGGCACGGGUACGGCAGGACGUCGCAGUUGCUGGAUGGUGCUCCGUGUCGUCUGCUGCUUGUAUGCAGUGAGCGGUGCGUCGUCGUGUGCCAGCGAGGCAGCGCUGCUCCUGGCCAGCAUGCGUACCGGUGUCGUCUGCCACUGGUGACACCGACCGACGACCUUCAUGUGAAGAAACGCUGCCGAUAUUGGUGGGAAGCCCCUGCAUUUUCACGGGCUGCCGUCACGGUUGCGCUGUGCUUGCAGAUGGGCACGAGGCCACCGCCGGACAGUUGUGUUAAGGGGGAUACGUCAUUUUCCUCCCCUGCCAUCCACUGCAGGGAGGCUGUGACUGCAUUUUAAGGACCAAUUGGGGGUCAAGGGAUGGGGUGAAAUACGAGACUGUUGUUGUAACAUGUCCUUUUUUUAACUUAUUAAUGUGGCAAACACGGGUGGCAAGAGAAGGUCACAGAAACCGGGACCUCGAGUUGCGCUUGAGCAGAGUGCAUGCAGCUCGCAGAAACAGCAGAUGCAAGUCGAUUCUGGUGCGAGGUGGCAGCGGUUCUGCCUCCAUGCGGGUGCACAGGUGGCAUGCUGCCCCAGCAGCUAUCACGGUUGUCCAACGAGAACUGCUUGCUUCUCUUUUACGAUGCACUCUAACCAGGUGUGUUGCAAAGGCAGAGCUGUUGACAACACCACUUGAUCACUGUGUUUCGCAGGAGAAGGCUUUGUGAGUGUGUGGUGCGGUGUGCGAUGUGCACUUUUCAUGGCAGCCACACAACAUCUGUGUUAGUUCCCCGCCAUGUUUCCUCCACAGGUUUAUUUUUCUGUCGUUUUUGUUUUCUCUCCGCUCCUCAUGUUUUCUUAAUUGCCUUGUGCUGUUGUGAAAGAAGCAUCCAGUGGUGUCUGCGCGCUUGCGUGUAAAUAUACUGAUUGUACAUAGGGCGAGCGUGUACACUCGCGUUAGCUGCGUUCAUCUCCCGCUGGCGCAUGCGAUGCCGAAAGGUGUGGGAGACGGAAACGCCGCAGAAUGAGUGUUGUACAUAGGGUGUGUGAUGAGCCUUCUCGGUGUCCAUUUCAUUGUGUGUCUCCCUUUCCUUACCAUUUGUGCGAGUGUGGUGGUGUGGUCCAACAAAGGUGUUUGUGGAACUCUCCUGUUGCUGGUGGCCACGCAACAUUUCCCCAUUCGCACACUGUCCUUCUCUCCCACUGUCAGUUGCCCAACACUUAUUGUACUAAGCACUCAGCGCCUGGGAGGAUAGAUUGUCAACUGACGGGCCAAUCGACACUUGUAAGGCACAGGGUGGGGUUAGUUGCAUCUGCGCCUGCUCACAAUGUUUGUGAUGGAAAUGUUUAAGAGUUGUGUGCUUCUGUGGUCUUCUUUCUUUUUCUAUCAUACCUUAUGGUUUGGGCAGGGAUGGGAGAGGGAAGGUGGGCACCUGGUGGAGCAGGCAACAACAGUCGGGUUUUUCCAGCAUGUGGGGAGCAUGCCUUCUUUUGUAGGGCCACUGGGAAGUGCAGAGGGUGGGUGCACAUUUUUCACUGCAGCUGCUUUAGGAGCCAGUAUGCACACAGCAAAGUAUACACCACAGCCUCUAUCUAUUCUUUCCAUAGUCGCGAACGGAGGAACUGAGGGUGACGUGGCAAAAAAAAAAAAAAACAGAAUCGGGCAGUUGCCUUCUGUCACUGUCUUGCACCGUCUUGCCACUGACUGUGCAUCCUCAGUAUGCUUUCUUUCGGCAAAGAAAUGUUAACUGUGAUAGCAACACUUAGCAGUCCAAUUUGUGUGCGUUGUGCUGCUGCUGCCACGACUCCCUAGAGUGUGGGACUGGUCCCCCAAGACCCUUGCCUGAUAGCUACGUCUGCCCGAAGCUUUUCGAAAACACGGCACAGCCCACUCCGGUCAUGCUAAAGCUUUGCCCUGCUCUUGACCAACUCUUUCUUCCACAUGUUCCUUUUACCUUAGAGUAGGCAAAAGUUUUGCGUUGCACGAUCGGGCAGUACUGCUUCGCCUGUCAGAAGUCCCCUACAGCGAGUCAUUUGAACGGUUUUCUGAUUUCUAACUGAGGAUGCGCCAGAUGAGUAUUUUGAGUGUUAUGCAGCCAUUGCGUUGCUUCGCAAGACGCAGUUGAACACUAGCAGCCCAGCCUAGAUUUUUGGAGAAAAUUCUUCUGUCUUGCAUACUUUGAUGUUUUCUAGCGGGUAACAUUUAAAAAAACUGGAAGCUUUCACUUGCUUAUACAUGCUGCCUUGUCUGGAGUGACCAUGUACACAGUAUUAGCAAGCAUCCUAAGCCACUGUGACUUAAAUACAUCUCAGCUUCUUACAUAACUGCACCAAUGCAUUGAAGGCCAUAAAGGUUACACUAGCUGCAGUUUGCUAUCGUCCUUGGAUGCCUUCUUCAUCUAGGAGCACAACAUAGCCGCAAGUAGCAAGUGAGGAUGAUAGGUUGCAUGCUGAAUUUACAGCACACCGUUAUCUUAACUUAAAGAAAGAGCUCACAAAAACUGCAGAGCCUUUUUGCCAAUCUGGCUCUGUCACUUAGGGGAUGCUUAAACACUCCCCUUAGCGACGUUGAAGUUGUUACCGUUCAUGUCGAGUCAGCUUUGUUGCUUUAUUGCACUCUCAGCUUAGGACUUGUAGCCAGCCUAGUGCUGCACUACGAAUCAGGUGGCAAACAUGAUGCUGUAAGCACAAAGUGCGGCUACAUUUCCUAACUUAAAAGUUGCAUGAAAUGGAGUGCGAGGUUCUCUUUGCCACAGAAUAGUGCCUUCAAAGGCAAGUGAUGUUGUUAGCUCUGCCCACAGUUAAUUCUACCUGCAUCCCGCCCAAACCUCAGUGCACCUGCUUGACAGAAUUCAUUGGCAUGUUAACUGUUUAGUUUACUAGGCAUUGUGUGGUGAACUAGCGGACCCUUUUAAUAGGUGGCAACUCAUUUAUAUAAACAAACAUAAGGGGUGAGGAAGGGCCUGUCUUGUCCCGACACGCAGUCUCUGUCUGUCGCAUGUUCGAGCAGGCAAAGGACUUCAAACUGUUAACGAACGCAGCUGUUGGUUACACUUGUUCCUUGAUGCAUUGGAUCAUGCAUAAUGUUGUAUAAAGUAUUGUUGUGGAAUGUAUAAAAUAGAGCGGGAGCAAGGUGCUUCAGCGGAGACAUGCGGGUGCAUUCAAAUCAUGAAGCAGCUAGGAAAUAGACCCCAUGUACCGCACAGAAUAGGCACUUGCUCUUUCAAGUGUUGUGAAAGCAACUUGGCUGGAAGGACUUUUCAGCCACAUGAGCCAAUCUUCUGUAAGCAUAUCAUGGUUAUAUGAUUAGCAGGCACCAGUUAAGUUCUCAGAAGAUCCUGGAUGUCGCAUGCUGCCUUCUGUAUGGAAUGGUGCAAUGACACACUCAGAAUUUCUUCACCCAUGCAAUAUUAUAAAUGAAUAAACUUAUCAACUUUCUGGAAUGCUAGAUCAGAGAUCAGGAAAAGCACCCUGAAGGAGAAAACACUCAUUGAAGGUUAUUGAGUCUGGCUACAAAAUUAACCUUUGCAUUUUAUGUGUUAUAUUUAGUGUAAAGUUUCUUCCUGUAGAAAUAGUGGCAUUUGGGCAGUGCAGUGCAUUUGAAUUCCAUUACUUGGUGCAGUUGUGUAAGCAAAGUUUCUGGAGAAAAUUCAUUCGAGCAACUUGGUUAAAAAAACAUGAAAACAAGCAGGAACCGAGCAAAGUACUCCUAUGGCACUGCUGUGGAGCAGUCUGACGAGAGGUACCAUUUCAAUUAUAUACAUGAUACCAAUUGCGGCUGGUACUUUUGAACAUAAUGAGGUGUAAGCUGUAGUGCAUGUGUUCUCAUGUCCGAGGGCUCUCUCAAGAAAGCCUUCGGUAACAGAUGUGGAAGGCAGGAAAUGUACGCACAAGUUUUGCCUCUCUUCAUCAUGUGCGUACAAAUGUAUAACACUUUUGUUUUGGAGCAAGUCUGCCAAGUGCUUUUCCAAAUGUUGUUUCUGAGAGCUUGACCUUGCGAGUUGUGUACUGUGGUUCCUCCCUUCCCUUGCCACCAGACUCUUCUGCCGCUUGCACGUUGCAGAACAUCAAAUGGAAGUGAGGAAAUUGUCGUGCUUGGAAAGAGAGAAAAGAGAAAGAAAUUGAGCUUCCACUUAUCGCCUUCUGUUUCUGACUGUGCCGGGAAAAUUGCGGCACCCAUGUUCGGGGUUGUGGGUUGUCUGUGCAAAAACAUGCCAUUCCUAUAGUAACGCAACACUGUUUGUUUCCUUCGUAGCUGGUGAAGUCAUUUUUUGUGUUCCCUCGUGUUGUUUGUGCCAUCUGUCGAGACGGGGAAAGGGGCGGGGGGGGUAGUGAGUGGCUCAGUUUUUGCCCUUGUCCAAAUCAGUCAUGAACCAGCUCGAAUUCCCGGUGACAUGACGUUUUGCGGCGGUACUCAUUUAUGCAAUCUCACCGUUUUACUCUGCAGCCACACUUCAUUGCAGCGUGUUGCCCAUCGUCUGCCACACGUGAGAGAUUAAUCGAGCCCGUUGUGUUGUUUGCUUGACUCGCUUGAUGUUGGUUAGGUCGUUUUGUUGUACCUGAACCUAAACACGUGCAGGCAUGUGUGCGUGGAUGUGUACAUAGCGGUGUGUUACUGUGACAGUCAUGUACAUAAGCACAUCUGGGUGCGAAUCAACCCGUCAUACUUUGCCAUUUCCUACCCAUUAACUCUCUCCCCUGUGUGGUUCCAUGAAUGUCCUCCUUUAAUUUUUAUGCUGAUUUGACGAGGAUUCUGCUGGCUUAUGUGAUCUGUGCACUGCAAUGACAUGGAAGUAAGUCUUUUUUUUUUUUUUAAUGGCAAUCGUGUUAUCUUUGGAAACACCAUGUGGCACUUUAAAAGGAAGCUGUUGCGUAAAUAGAACUUGUCUUCUUGUAAAGAUGUGGUCAUGGUCAUUGGGGAUUUUUUGAUGAAUUAGUGUGUUUGGCACCUGAGAUUGCGGUAUGCAGCGGCUGGGCAUACCACAUGGUUCCUUGCUGGUGUGGUUAGUAUAACCUCGGUACUGCUUUACGUUUUCCAGCCUUCUCGUACUGCCUGGUCUGAUGCUGCAUUUUCAGGCCAGACAGUGUGGGAGGGAGCUCUUCUGCUGGUCUAGCAGUGGUGAACACUCGCACGCCUCCCGAGACUGGCCUGAAUUCAACAUGGUCCCAGUUUAACCUUGCCUGGAAGGCCUCUGAAUUCAAAGGCGCUGUCUGAGGAUUCCAAGGAGAGGAAUGUUGCAAAUUGGCCUGUAGAGCAUUUAUCCACCUGCUGGAACACUUCGCAAAUAUAUGCCAAUCCGAGCAGCUCGUACAUCAAGGACUGCAAAGCUGUAUAAGGGAGCUCCGCACCCUUAUAGUGUAAAAAAAGGGGGCGUUGGGAGCAGAGGUCUCAGUGUAAUCCUCACAGGUCCCCUGGCAAGGCUUGUGAUAAGGGGCUGCGGCCCCCUAGAUUAGCAACAGGUGGGAUCCCCAGCAGUCUCGUGGAUGUCGAAGCCAACGUCGAUGAGACACUGAUGAGAUGCUGGUCACGCAGGAACACGAACGCUGAGGUGCUUGGUGCGCCGCCCAAACUAAAAUUGAUCUUAGCCAGAAGGCCCAGGCACAAUACCUGUAAAACGUUUGUCAAUUUGGGCCCCUCCUAGCUGACCGCCAAAGUGGAGCUGGGUAAGUGGGACAUGAGAAACAAAAAUUACAAAUUAGACACCCUGGAUUCCGCAGAACUGAGCCAUUACUGGCUAAGAUAAACACGCAUAGAAGUUGUUUAUUCAAAUUAUGUAUAUGCAAGUUAACUUCUAUAACUCUUGAUAAAUAUGUUUCAAAGCAAAUUUGGCACUCUGGUGCAGGCUGCAUUGCUGUCUCUUCUUUGAUUUACAUUUGAUACCAAGCAUGCAUGCCAUUGCCUUCACCUCUGUCGCAUGAAAACAGUUGUGGAAGUCCCCUUAACAGCUUCGCUGUAAAAAACAUGCCCAUGACUGACAGCUAUGUUUUGAUUUGGUGUGCACAAAGAUGGUCAUGCAGGCAUGAUGAUUCAGCUUUAUCGCUAGGAAGUUGCGUUUGUAUCGUUAUUUGGUUCGAUAAAGUUAUGCGUUACAGUCGAACCCAGUUAUAUCAAACCCGGGUAUAUUGAGUUAUUGUGAAUAUCGAACAGUUGUAACAUCCCCUUGGAAAUCCCAUGCAAAAGCAUAGCACUGUACUAUGCGUAUAUCCACCUCCCGUUCACCACCACAUUCAAUACAUUGAAAGCUGUUCCGUGCCCCUGCAAGUGGGCUUCUCCUAAUGAGACUGCGAUUACUUCUCGUAUCGUUGGAAAUAUUCAUGUUGCCGAAAUGGCACUGUUUUGGCAGAUGCUGUCAAGGCAUUAAAUACGAAGGGUAGUACACGCCAUGGAGGAAAAAUGAGCAAAGCAUGUGUCUCAAAAUAAGGAAGGUUCGCGCAGCAAGGGUUUCAUUUGGGCUCCAUAAUUCCGGACUUGCUUUAGUAAGCUUCAUCGCAUUACAGUCGCAUAAUAAAGCUCAGACAUGCUAAUAGCGGAAAGAAUUAACCACCGUGCAGUGGAGCAUACUACCUGCGGCUGUUCAUUACUGGAAAGCAUCGCAGAGCUGCUUCAGUAAUGUAAAAGGCCGCCUGGCCCAAUACACGUGCUCCACAAGAAAUGGAUAAAUGGAUGGCACUCAGUCUCUUCAAUAUGGCUCCGGGCGUGGGAUCAGUAAAUUUUAGUUUUUCACAUUCUCAGGAAACUGUCCUAGACUUGCGGAGUUUGCAGAUAAGCACAUUUUAUAUUUCGAAUUACCAAUAUAUCUGACUAUUUUGCUAUUUCCUCCGAGUUAAAUAUAUCCGGGUUCGGCUGUAUUAUAUUUCAAAAUGGGCCCAUGUCUUGUACGUACGCUUGCGUAAAUUGUCUCCCAUGUUGUGGCAUAAAUUGGCUUGUGGUCCGAUGUCGCUGCAACACUAAUCUAUUUCUGAUUCGUGACUUGCGUCACUGAAAGGCAUUCAUUACAAAGUGAACUAAGCUGCAAAAUAAUUGAGCGAAUGGUGGGUUUAAACUUCAUUAAUCCCUUUGCAAUGCCAAUGCUUCAGUGUUUCUGCAGUGCAUUGUGCAUGCCUUGCAAGUGCUCCUGUUGGCAUGGCCACCUUCACUGGGUUCGCAACUCGACGUACAUUCAGAUCUGCAUUGUGCAGCCACUGCUGGGCAUUUAUACCUGGACGAUCUAGUUGUACCUUCAGUGCCGCCUAACAUGUUCACAUGUGUUAGUGGGCCUCGCUGCUGCGCUGCUUCUUUUUCCAUUCUGUGUUGAGCAAGUUUGACAUUAUGAUGCUAUUUCGCUCGUUCCACUUUUUUUUUCUCUCUCUUGCUGACGUAAUGACGCACACUUAUUCGAGCACCCACAGAAAGUGAGAGCGUGGUAUGGCUAGCCGUAUUUCAUAGUCAAGCAUGCCGACACCAUGCCCCAGCACCAGUUGUAGUUGCCACAGUAUAGGUAGUGCACUCGGUGCAGUUCUUCACAAUUUGGCAAGCCAUAUUCAUGGCUUUUGCAGUCAAAACUCGGCCAACGCAAGUAUGAGCGAGCCUCAAGGAUAUGGGAAAAUGGCUUGCUACAGUUCAAAGAAUGAAGAAUUAGUUGCUAGAAUGCCAGUAAAGCCCAGUUCAUUGCCCGCAAAUUGUAGGUUCACAAGAGUAUGUUGGUACUUUUGGCUUGUUCUGCUGCUGUUUUGAGUAGGUGUUGGACUUUCACUGCAUAUUCAGUUUAAUGUGAAGAGAAGAGAAACUGAUCGUUAUGAGCAUACAUUAUAUGGUGCGAAGUCAUGAAGAUAUAAUACUGUUAUUAAAGGUGCAUAUGUUGCUUCGGCUGCUGUUGAUUGCACCAUUGAUUCCAUCGUGAAGGCAUGUGACUGGAAAUGUGCUUCUGCAUGCCACCAAGUAAUUGACAGUCUUUAAUGAAUAAUCAUUGCAUAGAGUCCACCUCUUUAGAAGUGUUGAAGGUCCACACGCCGUGGCUGACUCAUACUGAUCAGUUAUUUUGGGCUAUUUGGAAAGGAAGGUGAUUCAGUGAUUGCUUCGCGCCGAGUGUGCUUGCGCAUCUUUCAGGGACAUGCAGUAGGAAGCAGACGCCGGGUCUUUUCUGCAUCUGUUAUUGAGAGUCCAGCCUGACAUUUCUCAGUUGCAAAAGGAUUUGUGUCCGGUACACUGAACCCCGCAGCCAAUGUCAAUUAAAAUGUGGAUGGUGCACAUAACUGUGUAGCUUUGUUUUUCUAUGUGCGACUGCUAUCACCAUAGAGGGCAAAAUGCAUUGGCUGCUGCUGUAGGCUGCUUCUCCCAUUUGUGUGCUCUAGCUUCUCUGUAAGGUACAAGACGAAUGCCCCCCCUCAAGCUGUCCGAUUAGGCUCCACAGGCCAUCGAGCUUGUGUGCGCACACUUCUUUCACGGCUGCUGGGGCGAACACGUGUGCGAUAUGUACGCCCAAGUUAAUAGCUCGGAAGCGCUCUGAUCCAUGUUCAAAGUGUCUUGCUGCAAUAGAACUUCCUGAAAUGAGGUCGUAUAGAUAUCACAAGAUCUGCGGUGGGAUGUCGGCUUCUUGGGAUCUCGUAGACCUUUCCCCAGAUGUGUGAUCGGCAGGGUUGGUUGGCGCUCUGUUUGCUUUAACAUUUGUUUCUUUUUCUCUUCACUUUGGGGUGGGAGGAACACUGUCUUUUUGUCUGCUGCCUCAUUUUUUGUACACACGUGCUGCAUAUGCGCGCAAAGAGGACAACAAAAAGGCCGGGUGGUGACAAAUUGCUUCGUUUGUCCAUCCUCGUCUUCUCGAUUGUGGAUGUAGCGCACCCAUCCACAAAAUCUAGUCUGGCCUCUCUUUUUUUGUAGCCCUUUUGGAGACAGUUUUUAGGCAAGCUAGGAAGACGAACCAACCUUUACGUGUCGUGUACAGAAAGCGAAAAAAAAAAAAACAAUACAAAAAAUACUGUAGAGCUGUGUGGCUGCUGUAUUUAUAUAUCUCCGCGCAAUCCCUGCAUUGUUUUUAAUCGCCACUCUUGUAUUGUUUCCGCAGCAUACUUUUCUUGGUUGUGCCCUGAAGUAUAGCUGUUAUAGGUUGUUUUUUAUAUGUUAUUUUUAUUUUUUAGGAAUGUAGAUACUUGAAUAAAAGACACCCUGAAAAAAAAUG